CGGGGCGCAGGGACCUGCUGGUUGCUCAGCUCGCGGCCCCGCCCGCGCUCAGCAUCAGCAACUGGGCUAUAUAACCCUAGCGCCCGCGCCACCGGGACACGAGGAAUUCGCCCACUCAGAAGGCACGGUGUCCCGAGGCUCCAAGGUUAUGAGAUCGUCACUGUCCAGGACCUUUUAAUAACAGGACGUGGAAACAUGACCAAAUCAUACAGCGAGAGCGGGCUGAUGGGCGAUCCUCAGCCUCAAGGUCCCCCAAGCUGGACAGACGAGUGUCUCAGUUCUCAGGACGAGGAACACGAGGCUGACAAGAAGGAAGACGAGCUCGAAGCCAUGAACGCGGAGGAAGACUCUCUGAGAAACGGGGGAGAGGAGGAGGAGGACGAAGAUGAGGACCUGGAAGAGGAGGAGGAGGAAGAAGAAGAGGAGGAUGACCAAAAGCCGAAGAGACGCGGCCCCAAAAAGAAAAAGAUGACCAAGGCGCGCCUGGAGCGUUUUAAAUUAAGGCGUAUGAAGGCCAACGCCCGCGAGCGGAACCGCAUGCACGGUCUGAAUGCGGCGCUGGACAACCUGCGUAAAGUGGUACCCUGCUACUCUAAGACCCAGAAGCUGUCUAAGAUCGAGACACUGCGCCUGGCCAAGAACUACAUCUGGGCUCUGUCAGAGAUCCUGCGCUCAGGCAAAAGCCCUGACCUGGUCUCCUUCGUACAGACGCUCUGCAAAGGUUUGUCACAGCCCACCACCAACCUGGUCGCAGGCUGCCUGCAGCUGAACCCCCGGACUUUCCUACCUGAGCAGAACCCGGACAUGCCCCCGCAUCUGCCCACAGCCAGCGCGUCCUUCCCAGUGCAUCCUUACUCCUACCAGUCCCCGGGACUGCCCAGCCCGCCCUACGGUACCAUGGACAGCUCCCAUGUCUUCCAUGUCAAGCCGCCGCCACACGCCUACAGUGUGGCCCUCGAGCCCUUCUUUGAAAGCCCGCUGACUGAUUGCACCAGCCCUUCCUUUGACGGACCCCUCAGCCCGCCGCUCAGCAUCAAUGGCAACUUCUCCUUCAAACACGAACCAUCCACCGAGUUUGAAAAAAAUUAUGCCUUUACCAUGCACUACCCUGCAGCGACCCUGGCAGGGCCCCAAAGCCACGGAUCAAUCUUCUCUGGUGCCACUGGCCCUCGCUGCGAGAUCCCCAUAGACAAUAUUAUGUCUUUCGAUAGCCAUUCGCAUCAUGAGCGAGUCAUGAGUGCCCAGCUCAAUGCCAUCUUUCACGAUUAGAGGCACAUCAGUUUCACCACUCCCGGGAAACGAACUCACUGUGCUUACAGUGACUGUCCUGUUUACAGAAGGCAGCCCUUUCGCUACAAUUGCUGCAAAGUGCAAAUACUCAAAGCUUCAAGUGAUAUAUGUAUUUAUUGUUGUUACUGCCUUUGGAAGAAACAGGGAAUCAAAGUUCCUGUUCACCUUAUGUAUUGUUUUCUAUAGCUCUUCUAUUUUAAAAAUAAUAACAAUACAGUAAAGUUAAAAAAAAAAAAAGAAAAAAAAAAAAAAAAGAAAAGAAAAUGUGUACCAGGAAUUUCGUGUAGCUGUAUUCAGAUCAUAUUAAUUAUCUGAUCGGGAUAAAAAAAAUCACAAGCAAUAAUUAGGAUCUAUGCAAUUUUUAAACUAGUAAUGGGCCAAUUAAAAAUAUAUAUAAAUAUAUAUUUUUCAACCAGCAUUUUACUACUUGUUACCUUUCCCAUGCUGAAUUAUUUUGUUGUGAUUUUGUACAGAAUUUUUAAUGACUUUUUAUAACGUGGAUUUCCUAUUUUAAAACCAUGCAGCUUCAUCAAUUUUUAUACAUAUCAGAAAAGUAGACUUAUAUCUAAUUUAUACAAAAUAAUUUAACUAAUUUAAACCAGCAGAAAAGUGCUUAGAAAGUAAUUGUGUUGCCUUAGCACUUCUUGCUUCUCUAAUUGUGAAACAACAACAACACAAAUUGCACAAUUUGAGCAGCCCAUCUCACUUUAAAGUCUCUCCCUCUCCCUAAAAUAGAAAUCAGACCCAUAACACUCAAGAGAUUUUUAAAAAGAGACAUGUUCCUUAUCAAAACAUAUCAAGUCAUUACUUGCACAA